AUGUCUGUUCCCCAUCAACUUUGGGGGCAUGCUGUUUUAUCUGCUGCCUAUUUGAUUAAUCGUACUCUUAGCCGGGUUCUUGAUUUCAAGACUCCACAUGAUGUGCUUGGUGACCAUGUUUCCCUCGUCUCAGUCUCCAAGGGUUAUAAGUGCUAUCAUUCACCUACCCAGAAGGUGCAUGUUACUUUGGACGCGACUUUCCAUGAAGAAGUGUCCUAUUAUGUCUGUCCCUCCUCACUAAUUCAGGAGGAGAGGAGGAGUGAAUUGGAGAGUCUUGGAUUGGAGAAUGAUGUGUUUGAAGAUACUACUCUCGGGAAGGAAACGAUCUGUCGCACUGAAGCAAGUGACCGGUCGCCCAUAUCUGAAGAUGAAACUUGUGGUCUCUGUGAAGAAACGACUGAUCGCCCUUUGGAACUCAACCGGUCGCCCAUAUCUAGAGAUGAAGCAGGUGCUCUCGGUGUCGAAAUGAUCAGUCACACUGAAGCAAGUGACCAGUCACCUAUAUAUGAAAAUAAUGACAGUGAUUCUUGUAUGGAGGAGUUCGAUGCAAUACCCCCCUCUGCCCUGCCAGUGCCCCAAUCUACUCGUGAUAGUGAAUCAAGUGAGCUGCAUGAUGUUUUAUCUAACCCCAAAUGGAUGGAUGCCUUGAACAAGAAUAAAACAUGGGAUUUAGUUCCUUUGCCACGAGGGAAGAAAGCUGUUGGAUGCAAAUGGGUGUUUACUUUGAAGUAUAAAGCUGAUGGUUCCAUUGACCGUUACAAGGCUAGAUUGGUAGCAAAGGGUUAUACUCAGACCUAUGGAGUGGAUUAUUUGGAGACCUUUGCUCUAGUGGCAAAGCUCAAUACUGUGCGUGUACUAUUGUCCCUGGCUGCUAACCGCGACUGGCCCUUAUUACAAUUCGAUGUCAAAAAUGCGUUUCUACAUGGUGACCUCAAAGAGGAGAUUUACAUGGAUCUCCCUCCUAGUAUUCCUGUAACCUCUAAGGAGGGUGUUGUGUGUAAGCUGCGGAAGUUUUUAUAUGGAUUGAAGCAGUCUCCAAGAGCGUGGUUUGGAAGAUUUACAGCGUCUAUGAAGAAAUUUGGGUAUGUGUAA